AUGUCUAUAUACCAAUUGGUGUUUGGAAAAGCUUGUCAUCUACUAGUGGAACUUGAGCAUAGAGCAUUUUGGGCUCUAAAGAUGUUAAACUUUGAUAUUCAAGCUACUGGGGAAAAAAGGUGGCUGCAGUUGAAUGAAUUAGAAGAAUUCAGAACUCAAGCCUAUGAAAAUGCGAAGAUUUAUAAGGAGAAAACAAAGAAAUGGCAUGAUCAAAAGCUAUCAAGAAGGGAGUUUGUAGAAAGCCCAAAGGAUCUCUUAUACAACUUAAGGCUCAAAUUCUUCCCAGGAAAGCUGAAAUCAAGAUGGUCACGGCCCUUCACAAUCAUCAAAGUUUCCCAUUAUUGUCAUGUGGAGCUUAUGGAUGAGAAAACACAGAGGACAUUCACUGUAAAUGGCCAUGGACGUAAGCAUUACUUGAGAGACUCACUGGAUGAGCAAAGAGUGAACUACAACCUCAGCUGA